AUGCUAGGUUGGAUGUUGAGACGCGGCGAGAACGCGCCAGAGCCAGUCAAUUCAGUCAAUGAUGGAGAUACAACUCAAAUUGACGUGCCUGACACUCCUGCGCCCGUCUUUGCUGCCAGGGCAUUCAAGAGUGCAUUGUUUGGAACUCCAGCGCGGCCUACAAAUCAACCCACGAGAGCAAAGGACAAGAAUUCUAGGAUGGAUCAGGAAUCCUCCCGAACGCCACCGCGACCGCAAGGGAUUCUUCUGACGCCAGGAACGGGCACUACGAGACGAAAGCGCGUAUCGUUUGGACAAGAUGUUAAGAAAAAUGCCAAUACAAACAAAGAACCAGAAUCGCGCCAGCGCACGCGCUUGAACGAUGCUCUCGAGAAAGCAUCAAAAUCUAUAAGUCAAAAGAACGAAGCGCAACAAGAACAGGACAAUUCCUCGGAUGAAUGGGAAGAAGCCGAUGACGAAGAUUACUGUACUCACGACAUCACGAUCGAUCUUAACGAGCCUCAUUCGCAGUCGGGCAGAUACUGGAAGGAAGAGUUUGAGAAGUACCACGAGGAUGCGAAAGCGGAGAUGGAGAAAUUGCUCAAGUACAAACAAUUGGCAAAGUCCUACGCCAAACAGAAGGACGCAGAGGCGAUUGAGCUCGCAGUCAAACUCAAAGAAGAACAACUCAAAGUAAUUGAGAUGGAGAAGCAGAUUGCAGAAGGCGCCUCUAAAAUGGCAUCGAAGCGUGCAGACCGGCCAGACGAGAGCAACUCUGAUCUUCUAUCGACACUCACCAAACAAACAGCACUGGCGGUGCAAUACCGAACCCGAGUGCAGGAGCUGGAGGACCAACUCGAGGAAUUUCUCCGCGAACGAGAGGACGACCCAGAUUCGAACGAUCGAAAACGACGACAGGCGACAUCACCAAGAACCCAGAAGACCCUUCUUGAAACGCAGCGCGAAUUGAGGCGCGCUCGCAUGCAGGUCAAAGAAGUCGGUGAUCUUCGAGACCAGAUAUCUUCUCUAAAGACUCAACUCAAAGCGGCUGAAAAACGAGCCGCUAAAGCUGAAGCGAACAGCGAAACGGGAAACAGUACGAAAGAGAAGAACGAUAAUGAGCCUCUGCGCGAGGGUUCAAGAGCGCAAGAAUUACGUGCUCAGCUUCGCGAAGCCCGAGAAGAGAACAAGAAAAAGGACGAAGAAUUGCGCAAACUCAAACAAGAAUUCGAGGCCUACCGCAACGAAACACAGGCCCAUAAUGCAGACACAAAUGCGGUUCUGGAAAGGGCGCAUACAAAGAUUGCCGAACUUAAGAAAGAGAUCAAGACACUCAAGUCGGGAGAUCACGAUGCUCAUGAGCAAAACGAUGAGGCCGCACGACCGAAGAGCUGGCAUAUUCAAUCAGACGCUGGUCGCCUGGCAGAUGAAAGCCCAAAGCCUAGAAAUGUCUCAUCAGACGAUAGAGACCUCAGGCGCAACAUGGCGCGCCGAAGUUUCGACUUGGCUGAAUUAGAAGACGACACAAUGGAGCUUAGGCUUACAGACCCUAACAUUCAUUCACUACGUCAAAAGUUCUCCGAUGAUGCUCCUCCAAGACUUAGCAAAUCUGAUAUUGGUUCUUCCAAGCCAACUUCAUCAAGUCUCGGUGGAAAGCCAGACAUUGGUCGGCCUAGAUGGCAACCGUUUGUCCCGCGAUCGCCAAGGAAUCGAGCAUAUCUUGGCGAAGAAAUCACCAAGCGUAUCGAGAACGGGGGCGAGACUCCCGGACGACCAAACUUCGAUGAGAUUACUGUACCUGACUUACCUGCGCUUGCUAAGUCGAUUGCUCGGUCGAAACGGACGUCUUCCACCGAAGCGGAUGAGAAGAUCGACUUGUUGCAGGAUCGUUAUGCACGCCUCGGAGGUCCCGAUCCGAACCACAGUGCUAUCGCUGCCAAUGCAUCAAAACUACCGCCUGAGCGCAGAGCUGCUGCCAUCGCGCGAAUUGAACAGAGAAUGGCAGAAAAGAGACGUGAGCGUGGAAGAAAGGGAUUCGACAAGGAGAAUGUUCGACCUUGA